ACAGGAAAACAAAACUAUAACCCGAAAAAUGAUUAUCGGGUAGAUCUAGAUCUGCUCUCACUUCCAGCAUUUUUCCAUCUAUCUCUCUCUCUCUCUCCCUCUCUCUCUCUCUCUCUCUCUCUCUCUCUCUCUCUCUCUCUCUCCCCUUCUCUCUCUGCAGUUCACCUCCAAAAUCUGCAUGCUUCAUUCAUCAACACCUCCCUUCAAGUCUCCUCUAAUUACCAUUCUGUCUCUUCUUCCUCUCAUUAACACAAGCUUUUCACCAACUAAAACGCCGGCGUUUCAUCACCUCUACACGCAUCUAACCAAUCCCUAAUUUUGGUUUUCCAGAAAAAUUAUUCGGCAGUUAUGUCGGUGGCGUCGGGGAAAUCGUCGUAUCGGGAUCGGACGCAAGAGUUUUUUAGUGUAGCGGAGAGGCUAAAGAAAUCAUUCUCGUCGGCGAACAAUGCAGCGUCAUCUAGCAGUACUAGCAACAGUGCGAAGCCUGACGCCACGCGAUCUGCAGUGUCGAUUCAAUCGGAGUUCAAUAAACGAGCGUCUAAGAUAGGGUUUGGGAUCCACCAGACUUCGCAGAAGCUAGCGAAACUUGCGAAAUUGGCAAAGAGAACAUCCAUGUUUGAUGAUCCAACUACGGAGAUCCAAGAGCUUACAGCAGUUAUAAAGCAAGAUAUUACUGCCCUUAAUGCUGCUGUUGUAGACCUCCAAUUCCUUUGCAAUUCCCAGAAUGAAAGUGGAAACAUCUCAAGUGAUACCUCAACUCAUUCAACAACUGUUGUUGAUAACUUGAAGAACCGGCUGAUGAGUGCCACAAAGGAGUUCAAAGAAGUCCUUACGAUGCGGACAGAGAAUCUAAAGGUCCAUGAGAACAGAAGGCAAUUGUUUUCUUCAACUGCUUCAAAAGAUUCAACAAAUCCCUUUGUCCGACAGCGUCCUCUAGCUUCCAGAUCUGCUGCUAAUGCAUCGCCAGCUUCUCCUCCUCCAUGGGCCAAUGGUUCAGCAUCUUCAUCUCAAUUAUUUCCCAGCAAGCAGACAGAUGUUGAGUCACAGCCCCUUCUGCAGCAGCAGCAGCAACAGCAGCAGCGUCAACAGCAACAGCAGAUGGUUCCACUACAAGACAGUUACAUGCAGAGUAGAGCUGAGGCUCUACACAAUGUGGAGUCAACAAUUCAUGAGCUGAGCAACAUCUUUACACAACUAGCAACCAUGGUUUCACAACAAGGAGAGCUUGCAAUCAGGAUUGAUGAGAACAUGGACGAGACACUGUCAAAUGUAGAAGGUGCACAGGGACAACUGGUCAGGUAUCUCAACAGUAUUUCAUCCAACCGAUGGCUGAUGAUCAAGAUAUUCUUUGUAUUGAUUGUAUUCCUCAUGAUUUUCUUAUUUUUUGUGGCUUGAUAAUAUACAGUACAAAUGGAAAAAUAAAAGGACCAUGUAAGUUUUGAAUGAUUCGAGCCUAUUAUGUUAUUCUUCCCUUUAAAAUUGAGAAUGUAAAGAAUGUCGUUUGUACUUAUACGAUGAAAGAUGGGUCAAAGGGACCUUGACAAUUUUUGGCGCAAAAAAUGUUCUUAAUUUAUUGAAGGGAUUGGCCCUUGUAUCUGUGUCUGCAAGAACAACGGCCACUUUUUGUUCC